AUGGAUUACCAAAUCACCGCACGAUUACGGAUGGCUAUACGCUUGUUUGCCAUCGCAGUAUUUGUUGGCCUCGUCCAAGGACAAGGCUUCUAUCUCGAACCUUUUACAUGCACAAGUGCUCAGAAUUGGGUCGAUCUCGGUUGUUACGAUGCGACAGGCACCCAACCUUUCACCUUUGCGGUGCAAAAUGGGUACAAGAGUGAGGAUCCUUCGCGAGCCUAUGCCAACUACAACAUUGGCGGAAACAAUAUCAACAGUACCGUAACUCCCAAUUUCUGUACCCAGGCCUGCCGCGCCCAUGGCUUCCGCUACGCCUCUCUCUACGACCGUCAAUGUCGCUGUGGAACCGCCCUCGGCACAAGUUUCUUCGGCAAAAGGUCUUCAGAUCAGACUUGCUACUCCCAGACUCUGUCCACGGACGCAACCCCCUGCAGUGGUGACAGGUCGGAGAACUGUGGUCAAGUUUCUGGAAAUACCAAGGCUAGAAUCUUUGUCGACCCUUCGUUUGAGGCAGAACAGAACCCAGCAUCCAUAGAUACUGCCGGCCUGGCCUCGUCUUAUGGAUAUCUGGGUUGCUUCAACAAACCCAACUUGCCGUCUGAUGACCCAAACAGGGAUACGCUCCAGGCAAGCCCUCAGGCCUGUUUCGAAAAUUGUGCCAGAUAUGGAUUUCCAUUGACAUAUGGUAAGCAUUAUAGCAAGAAGGCAAAGUACUUGUCAAUCAAGCCUCUUCUUUGCCAAGACUUGUAA